GGCAUGCACCAUACUUGACCAAACAAAAUAACAAAUAGAGAAAGAGAUAUGGUAAACGUGAAUCGGGUUUCACUGUUGCUCACCUCCCCCCAACCGUGCUUCUUUACCUGCCCCAACCAAGCUAGGGUUAGCGGAGAACAGGUCCACCGACUUCCACCUCGCCCAAGUCCACCGAUUCACACCUCGCCCAAGUCCCACAGAAUUUCCAGCCACAGUAUUGGCGCCGAUGAAGACUGGGGUAUGCCUUCCAGCUUAACUCAGUAGAUGGUCGAAGGACACGACGUUGGCUUGUUAGAAUUUCAAUAUUUAAUACAUUAGUGAUAUAAAGAUGAGAUUUUUCUAGGAGUUUGGAAUGAGUAUGCUGUCUCAAAUCAUAAUCUCCACAGAUGGGGUAACGAAAUAGAAGGUUUGGAUAUUCCAGAUCUGGAUUUCGGCUUCUCCUCUUCUAAGCAUGCAAAUCAUUCCAAUUUGAAGUGGCCUAGUUAGAUGCAGAAAUUUCACAGAAGAUAAAGUGACGCUUCCCCAGACAAUAGCGUAAAUGUUAGGAGAAACACAUCUCCGAUUUUACAACUAAACUUUACCUCUUGUAAGUUGUAAACACACGCCGGCGAGAAACGGGGAAGGGAAGCAAGCAGAGGGGAAAGGGAAGCAGAGGUCGGUGCUGAAGGGGGAAGGAGGUCAAGGCGUCACGGGUAUAUAAGAGCUCGUGUCUUUCAAUUGUUUUACCGGGACUUUGCUGUCAUUUCAGUCUUCCAGCGUGGACGGUGCCAUAAGUUAAGGCCAGUUUGGAUUUCAAUCAACUUCAACUUCUCCCAAUUCUUUUUCUUUUAAUCAAUAAUAAUAUUAAAAAUAAUAUUUUAAUAAUAUUUUAUUUAACAUUUAAUUUUUCAAUUCAAUUAAAUAUUUAAAGGUAGUCUAGAGAGAAUAUUCGCACAGGUAAGCCUACUCUUCCUGUUUAGCUCUACUUCACGUUGCGCUUUACAUAUUGACGCGUGUUGUUGACUCUUUUUAUUUUAGUUUAGAGAAUAUCUUCUAACAGGCGUAACCUGGACUCCCUCAAAAACGGCAUUCAAUUGCAAUAUGCCACGUAGACACUUCAUUUUCAAAACUUGUGACCGCACGACAGAGGAUCUGGUUUUCAUCUCCCUCCCUCCCUCGCUCCCUCCGAAUUCGGGCAUCUGGUUUUCAUCUCCCUCCCUCUCUCUCUCUCUCUCUCGACAUGAGACCUGAGCCCCACCACUCCUGAAUAUCUUCCGUCGAGCCCGAGCCCUUGCCCCUGCCCCACCACUCCCUCCCUCCUUCCCUUCCAUCGAGCCCUAGCCACCCACCCCUGCGUCCCUCCCGUCUCUCUCUGUCCAAUUUUGCCGCGACCCAACCCUCUCUGCCAUCCUCUCCGCCACUCUCUCCGUCGUUGCUCCUGGCAUUGCUCCUGACCAGCAUGGCUUUCCAUUGCUCCUGAUCUCCUACUCAAAACAAGAGGUUCACAAUCUGAAAACAAGAAUUUAUUGGACAGUAAGCCAACCAUGUGCAACGGGCUGAAUGGCUGAACUGUGCGACGGGCUGAAGAGGUGGAAGUGAAGGCUGCAACGGGCUGAAGUGAAGGCUGCGACGGGAUUGAGAGAACCGCGUAGUGUGGUAUCUGAUUUUCUCUCUGUUUGACAAAUCUGAUUUUGCUAUCUCCUGUAGUCUGGUUCACAGAAUUUAGAUGGGGAUCAAUGACGUGUCAUGCUCUUAUUUGUUGCUGCUAAAGUGGGGAGAACGGCGUGACCGCCCAGAAGAGGAACUGUUUAGUUUAUAAGCACAUUGUCGUUUCCUUGUGUUUUUGUGCGGUUCGGUUCUUCCCAUGUCGUCCUCCGUCACUCCGCUACUGUCUCUUCUAAACAGGGAAACAGUGUGAGGGAGUUUUAAAAGGCUUCUAGUCUCUUUCUUGUGAAUCGUGGGUGAUCCAGAUGCUCAUGGUCAUUUUUGCUUUGAUCUUGGAACUGUAAUAGUGACUUGAUUAUUCAUCUUAUUUUGCCACUGGUCAUAUAAUGGCGAAAGAUAUAGGUGAUAGUUCAAGCCAAUUGUCUGGGGGUCUGGGUAGUUUUUUGAGAAAGUGCCUUUUUAGUAUUCUUUCAGUGGGUCCACUUCCCAAUCACAUCGCCUUCAUAAUGGAUGGAAACCGAAGGUAUGCAAAGAAGCACAACAUGGCAGAAGGGGCUGGCCACAAGGCUGGCUAUCUGGCUCUCAUGAAGAUGCUUUGUUACUGCUAUGAACUGGGGGUGAAAUAUGCAACAGUCUAUGCCUUCAGCAUUGACAAUUUCAAAAGGCGUCCUGAAGAGGUUCAAUCCUUGAUGAAUCUAAUGCUAGAAAAGAUUGAAGAAUUGUUAAGGGAAGAAAGUAUUGUAAACCAAUAUGGUAUCAGAAUAUACUUUAUAGGUAACCUAAAUCUUUUGAGCGAGCCUGUCAGGGUUGCAGCUGAGAAGGCAAUGGCAGCCACUGCCACCAAUACCAAGACUGUUCUUUUGAUCUGUGUAGCCUACACUUCUUAUGAUGAAAUCCUGCAUGCUGUUCAAGAAUCCUGCAAGAUUAAAAGGAACGAGAUUGAAGAACGGAAUGUAAGUAAAGUUAGCAAUGGUGUGACUGAAGGUGCUGAAGAGGUUGAUGAAAUACAUGGUGUCAUUAUGCAUAAUGUUCAAGGAUAUUGUGAAAAUAGCUCCAAUAAAUUUCAGGUGUUGAACACAAGUAGAGUUUGCGAUAGUGUAACUCGAGAUGAAAAGAAAAAUGAAGUUGUUGUGAAUGCUGUUGGGGGAUCAUGCAAAAUUAAAUGGGAUGAAGCUGCAAGUAGAGCUUGCAAUGUUUUGAUCGAAGGAGUUGAAGAGAGCAUGAAGAAGCAAUGGGUGUUGCCUCCUAUAAAGCUGCUAGAUGUUGAGAAGCACAUGUACAUGUCAGUGGCGCCCGAGCCUGAUAUUCUGAUCCGAACUUCUGGGGAGACCCGCCUCAGCAAUUUUCUUCUUUGGCAGACUACUAACUGUCCAUUGUACUCUCCAACUGCACUAUGGCCAGAGAUAGGUUUAUGGCAUCUGGUGUGGGCGGUGCUGAACUUCCAGCGGAGCUAUCAAUAUUUCGAGAAGAAAAAGAAGCAGUUAUAACAUUCUUAAGGCGACAUAACCAAUACGUUAUAGAUUAUUUCGUAAUAAUGAAUUACAAUAUAGGGAUCCUCUGGGAAGUUUGGAAACUUGAGCAAUGGACUCCACAAGUCUGAUUUUGGUACCUACUUUGGAUUGUUUUAAGUGGCCAAGCCUGCUGGUUUGUACUCAUGUUCUUCCCAUUUUAGAAUUUGAUUGCUAGUGAAUUUGUAUUGGAAGUACCUAUGGCUCUUAAGCAUCAGUCUCUGAUGCUCGGGGCUGCUAAAUUAGCUAUCUUAUUUAUAAGUUAAUAUUUUCCUGUGUA